AUGUGGACAGGUAGGGCAUUCAUGACUCCAAGCUUUGCCCAUCAUGUUCAGCUGAAGCUGCCGGAAAAGUCUCCUCUCCGCCUCAUAUUGAGCCAUAAAAGCUUCGCCGUUGAGGGGCAAGGCCCGAGUUCGUACGAGAUCAUGGCUACACAGCCCAACUGCCCAUCUGGGCUGAACCCUCACGAGUUCCUGGCCCUGAAAAGUCUCGUAUCGGGGGCAGCGCGAAGAUGGCUUUCGAUCUUGACGGAACUGGCCUCGACGAACUUGAACUGGUCCAGCGAAGGCACCAUGUCAUUGCUGCUGCAUCUAGCACUCCAGUGCGGUCCCAGCUCUGACAAGGACGAUCCUCUUCGCCUUGUGCACUCGGUAUUUCGCGAUGCUCAUUUUGUGCAGAAGCUUCUAGAGCAGGUCAACACCCGUCUUACCACCCUGUCAGCCUUGGCCAGUUGGAGAGAAACGCACCUCAUGAGAAUCACGAUUGUGCUUACCUUGCGCAUACAGGAGUUGGCCAGCAGUGCAGGGCUGGCCCAACUUCAUUUUCAAGCCCUCGAGUCGGUGAUUCAAGCUCGUAGGACAUGCAUUAGCUGGCUCAGGAUGCUUCGCGAGGAAGUUCAAAGCUGCGCAGAUAUAUCCACGGCGCAGCAAUUACAGGAGCGCGCACUGGGCGCUGCUUUGCUCUGUCGACGUACAUUCAUGAUCAACCUGGAACAAACAACACCUCUUGAUCCUCUGUCCUUGGAAGCAUAUAUCGAGUCCACUGUUGCGAUCCAGGAAAACAUGACGAGUGAUGUCGACUCACUUUCCCAGACCACCCUCCAUGACCUCGUGUUCGCAACAAAGCUGUCAUAUCAGCUUCAAAAUCUUCUCAUCCAGUCGAUCAACCAGCACCCCGAAGGACUCUAUAAUGCUUUGAAACAAUUUUGGCCUGAUGCUGAGCGCCUGGACCCCAUUACUACCACUGUGGAAGUUGAAGGUCGGGGUUGGAUUCGGUGCGAGCUCCCUGAAACGGAUGUUGAGCGACAUCAAGCCGUGCAUUUGAACAUUCUUCUCGGGACAUUUCUCGUCAAUGGCAAACCUGUUGGAAGGCUUCCCCAGGAUACCCGAAACGAGGUUGUGGUGAAAGAAUUGUUUGGCGACCAGCCCCUGAUGGUGUACCAAUCAUCGCUUCCAUCGAUGACGUACACUCUCAAAUAUACACCGAAGCGUGUGACCGUGCAUAUCGGAUCCGAAAAGGGCCAGACGGUUGUGCUAGCGAAAUACGAGCACAUGCUUGUUCGUCUAAUUCCUCGAGAGCGCUUUUGUCGAAAAGCUUUUCACGAUCUUCCCAGUCCCUUGAUAUGGGAACACUUUCACUGGCUGAAUUUGAAGACAGGCCGCCUCUAUAUCACGCCAUCCCACAACAAGUGGAAUUUCGGCCACUAUUCGAAUUGGGAAGUGGACAUACACAGAGGCUACGCUCAGCGACGACAGCAUGACGGGGAGGUAGUGAGCAUGGUGAAUCCUAUGUCUCCCCUUUUCCAGAGAAUUGCCAACAUUGUUCAAGGCCUCGCGCAGGGGCAGCACAUUCUUGUUACGCAGAAAAAGUCUUACGGGUCACUUGAAGUUCGGGUUCACAGUCUGGAACUGUUGUUCUUUGUCAACCACAACUCGCUCCUAUUUUCACCACAGCUUGGACUCGAAAUCGACCCACUGCAAGACGCUGGCACUUGGUACGGCCUUGAACAUAAACUGGUCUGUCGAAAAGUACACAAUCCUUUUCGUCGGACCAUUCUUGUACCACUGCCCUCGGGCCGCUUUCGGUUCAGAAGAUCAGGCUGUCAUGUUGAACUUGCCGUUGGGCGGAGCUACCAAUACGGGAAGUUCGAUAUCAAUGACACUUUGGGAAGAAUCGACUGUGCAGCUGAACCUGUACUGGUGUAUGCCAAAGCUUUGAUUCACGCCUUCACGUCUUUUCCUUUACCGGACCCUUUGACUGGCCGCACUGGAACCGAAGAAAGUCUUCAUUGGCUCGAGUCAGGAAUUUGUCGCCCCUGGACAGUUCUCGGAAGAGAAGUUUCGUUGCUGCAGCAGAUUGCGAGUCUUACCCCCAUAAGGGAGUACUACCCAUCCGGCCUUAAGGGUAUGAAGACAGACUUCUGGGACGAGCACCUUACCACUCACAUACAGCACCCUCUCUACCGACUGGUUGUCCAAAAGAUUCUAUCAAUCUCGAACGAUUUGAGGAUGUUCAACCCACCCCGAGAUGAUGAAGACGACUUACUUGAUCUUCUUCCAGCAGGUGGCGAAGUUUGGCUUAACAAAAGGUCAUUGGCGCGUCGGCAACUGUAUGAGAGGGAUGCUGGGAGUAACAAUACAGCGCUCACUUUAGGAAGGACGGACAGACUGUACAUUGCACGCGAUAAGAGUGUCAACUCGGACAAACUGUACAGAAGGGUCAUGGAAACAACCCAUCUCUUGCGCACGCGGCCAGUCAAGUUCCCAACUCCGACCAACUUGGCUUCUACUUUUGCCUUGGGAAAUGUCGUGGGUGGGUUUGGCCAGGCUUAUGAUAAGGUUUCCCUCAAUGAUCGGAUGUACACAGACAUCCAAGAGAACUGGGGCGCCCUCGUGGAGUACUGCCGGAAUCCAAACCAGUCAUGCUACAGCCUCAUGUUUCUUUUCGCCAAUCUGGCCUUUCGUGAGGCUACGGAUGACAAACUUCUGAAGGGGCUCGUUGCAUUUGCUAUCUUGAGAAACCUUCAAAUGCUGCCUCUACCGAGACCUUGGCCUCUGUACUUCAAUUUCCGCCCCGCAGCGGUGCCUCAACUGGAAGACGUCAUCAAGCUACUACUGCCAUUUAGGAUACCACCACCAGAGGACGAGAAAGAGAAGCUAGGCGCAUUUCUCACCACGAAGCUGCGGCGGAAGAUACAAGCAGCCAAGGACGCCCACGAGAUACAGAGUCGAAGUGACUGCCACAAAUUUGCCAAGAUCAUGCUCGCUCAGUGGCCCUCUGAGAAGCCAGAUCUGUCGGAACUACCAACCAGCGAUCUCUUGCUGGAUGUCAAUGUCGCAGUUCAGGCGGUUAUUCCAGAGUGGCAGCGGUUAUACCGGAACCUAGAACUUUGGAAUCAUCUCAAGGAAGUGCAGCUGAUACUGGAUGAGCAUUUUCAAGAUGUCGAGUACAGCCCUGCGAUUGUCACGGCGGCUGAAGAGGUCCUAUCGUGUCGGGUUCACGGAGGCGAAGUGCUUACGCUAAGCGUAAACCUCCUUUGCAAGGAUUUCAUCCCCCGGCUUUCGUCCCAACCCACAACGACGACAAGGUCUGCCGCUGAGUGGUCUCCUCUUGCCAGCUUGCCAAAUGAUGGGCGUCGUGCCUCCGGACAGGUCAACGACAGAGCCAUUGUCGGCAACGCACAGCCGCAGAUGUCCGCAUACGAGGUCAAGAGAUACAUAGACGAACUGCGGGGGAUUGUCGAUACACUUGGCAACAGCAAGUCACUGGUCCGAAAGAAAUAUGCUCAGGAUCUCAGUGGCAGUUUACAGGCCCUCAGGAGUCUCAAAACCCCGGACCAACUUGCGAAGCCGUUUCUUGCUAUCCGGCCAAACAGCGGCACGAAGGGCGAUGUCAGCCAUCUGUUUGAGGUGUUGAAGGCGUCAUUGGUUGCAGAGACUUCCAAUGUUUCGUCCCGCCGAAUCGAAUGGCUGAGGAUUGGAGGCCUGUGGCCUGCCAUCACCACCACAGCCUUACUCGAACAGUUGCGGUCAACCAGCAGCACAUGCUUCGGGGCAGGCAUGCGCCAAGGCCUUAUCCAGUUUGGACUUGCCAUAACCAAGCUUCAGCGAGAAAUGCGGCUCAAUGACUGUGUCAUGGCAGGUGAUGUCUCUCGCUACCAGGACGAGGAAGCGAACACUGGUCAUCAGAACUGGGACCCGGCUCAACACCCCGACUGGUUACUCUUGGAGAUUGAGGCCAACCUCCUGAUACGACCUGGCCAAAUCGAUGUGGCGCGGGCCACCAUCUCGCCCGAAUCCGGGAGCAAUUCGGUUCUGCAGAUGAACAUGGGGGAAGGCAAGACAUCAUGCAUCAUUCCGAUGUGUGCAGCCUUCAUGGCUGACACGAAGAAUCUUGUGAGGGUAAUUGUACCGAAGGCCCUGUUGCUCCAAACGGCACUGCUGCUUCAAUCUCGUCUUGGGGUGAUGCUGAACCGCCACGUUCGCCAUGUGCCCUUUUCUCGCCGAACAUCAACACGUGGGGGCAAUAUCAAGCUCUACUUUGAUAUCCACCAGCAAAGCCGAGACACGGCAGGCGUCAUGCUAUGUUUGCCUGAACAUAAUCUCUCGUUCAUGUUGAGUGGCCAGCAGAGGCUUCUUGAUGGCAAUAUCAAUGAAGCGAAACCGAUGAUGAAGGUUCAUGCCUGGAUCAAAUCACACUCUCGAGACAUUCUGGACGAAUCCGACUACACCCUGGCGACGCGCACCCAGCUCAUCUACCCUUCAGGCUCUCAGAUGUCAGUCGAUGGUCGUCCCCAUCGCUGGCUCACUGUUCAGGCCCUUCUCAGCCUUGUUGACCAACAUCUUUAUGGUCUACAGGUUUCUUUCCCGAAGUCGCUCGAAGUGGUGAGGAGACCUGGUGGCGGGUUUCCUUUGAUAUACUUUCUCCGACAGGACGUCGAGGAUGAAUUGCUUCGCCGGCUGACAGUCGACAUCACCAACGGCCUGGGUCACAUCCUCCCCAUGCAUUACCUGAAUGCUGGCGAGCGGCGCGCUGUGGUCGACUUUUUGUCCCCGGCGAAAUCUAGACUCGGCCCCAUCACGGUGGAGAAGGUGAGAAAGCUGUGUCCUGAGAGGCCCGAGGUGGGGAAAACGGUCUAUCUCCUCCGUGGCUUGUUAGUGAACCGGAUCCUGAUCAUGACCCUGAAGAAGAGAUGGAACGUGCAAUAUGGGUUGCAUCCAAACCGUGAUCCGGUGGCCGUCCCUUUCCAUGCCAAGGGUGUGCCAAGUGAUCAGUCGGAAUGGGGCCAUCCAGACGUGGCGAUUCUGUUCACUUGUCUCGUCUUCUAUUACGACGGAAUCUUGGAACCGCAGCUUAGGCAAGCACUUGCUCGCGUGCUCAAAUCCGAUGAUCCGUCGACCGAGUAUGAAAAGUGGGUUCAAAGCUGCGACAGCUUCCCAGAGUCGCUCAAGGCGUGGAAUGGGAUCAAUGUGGAGGACAACGUCCAAAUCCACGAGAUCUGGAGAGCGGUCCGAUACCGGACUGUGGUUAUUGACUACUAUCUGAACAACUUCGUCUUCCCACGCCACGCAAAGCAAUUCAAGGUCAAGCUGCAAUCCAGUGGUUGGGACAUUCCACUCUUCUCAAGCGAAACGAAGGACACCAAACUGUCAAAAGCACUCACAACAGGAUUCAGCGGCACCAAUGACAACCGCACCAUGCUUCCGCUCACUAUUCAGCAGGCGGAUCUCCCCACACUGUCCCAUACCAACGCCGAAGUGCUAACAUACCUGCUUUACGAACGGUCCCGGCGGUGCCAAGUCAUUACCAACCAGUAUGGGAAGAGAGCAACGGAGCGCGAUCUGCUUUACCUACUCAGGGAGCGUAACAUACAGGUCCUGAUUGAUGCCGGCGCACAAAUUCUAGAGAUGGAUAAUGAAACUCUCGCCAAGACAUGGCUGUCCAUAGACGGACGCUGCAGUGCUGCAUUGUAUUUCGAUUCGUCAAACAAGCCAUGGGUCAUUGACAAACAAAGGCGCAAAACGCCUCUCUUGGCCUCGCCGUAUGCGGACGACUUGUCGAGAUGCCUGGUAUAUCUUGACGAAGCCCACACUAGGGGCACAGAUUUGAAACUUCCUCUGGGUGCCUGUGGUGCCUUGACAGUGGGUCAAGGGCAAUCCAAGGAUCACACCGUUCAAGCUGCCAUGCGACUGCGUCAGUUGGGGAAGAGCCAGUCUGUCAUGUUUUUCGUCCCUCCAGAGGUCAACCAGGUCAUCAAGGACCUUCGGAAAAAGUCAGUGUUUGACAAGAUCGACUCGCACGAUGUCAUUUGUUGGCUUCUCGACAAUACCUGCGAUGGCAUUGAGCAGCUGCAGCCUUUGUACUUCUCCCAGGGCAUGGAUUUCUGCAGAAGAACACAGGCAGCGAUCGAUAACCCGGACUGUUUGACUCAUCCAGGCCAGCAGGCGGACUACGUGGCAGCCAUCAAGCAAAACGAGCUGCAGACGUUGCAGGAGAUGUAUGAGCCCAAGACCAAGGUGAAAGCUGCAAAGCUUUCGAUUGAGGCGGGCUCCUCACAUCCAAAGGUUGCAGGGUUUUUGAAAGAGCUCAACAACCGCCGCAAGGGGUUCCAAGACACCGGCAGAGCGGUGCACGGAUCUGCAUUGCAAGAGGUGGAACAAGAGCGCGAAGUGGCCUUUGAGGUUGAGACUGUUCGCCAAGUCAAGAGGCCGGUCAUUUACGAUGCCCUCACCUUUCCCGGCAUCAGCAAAGAGAUCGACACGUUUGCCCGGACUGGUAAGAUACCUGUUGGAAGCCUCUCUGUCUGCCACGUUUUUGAGCUCCUUAGAAAGACAGCUCUGGGGCAAAAACACAAGAUUAGGGCGCGGGACCAAACCUCGCGGUUAUUCGUCUCGGUCGAGUUUGGGCGCACGGUCAAGCUUCACACUGAUCUCGCCAAGGACACCUUUUUGCGUCCGGUGAACUGGGUUCUGUGGAGCGGAUUCACGCAGACGGCGAUUGUUUUGAUCCCGGAGGAGGCUGAGAUUCUGAUUCAGAUGAUCCGGGAUAAGGUGACGCACCCUUGCGUUCACCUUAUUUGCUAUGCCUCCCCUGUUACAAGGAGUAUGCUUCCGUUUAACAAGCUCAACUUCUUUAGCAUGCCGCCUUUGCCAGAGGGCUGGGUCGCGCCUCAGUGGUUGAGGACGGAGCUUGGGAUUCUUGCCGGCAGGCUGUAUUUUGAGUGGGAGGAAUACGGGGCCCUGUGUACGUUCCUCGGUGUGGACGCCAACGACGGAACGGUUAAGGGCUUGGGUCUUGUUGAUGGGGAGGAUGAAGGGUAUGGAGGUGAUGGGGCGGCUGAUGAGGAUCAUACCCUGAGGAACACCCAAACCAACAGCUUUGCACCGAGACCAUUGACGUUUUUGCAAGAGUGGCUUGCUGUCAGGAGACACGGUCAGGAUUUUGUUCACACUCCCAUGGGGUUCUUGACACAGAGCAAGCCUUUGCAACAAGACCACCCUUUCUUUGGGGGCACGUCUUUGCCGUUGCCCACGCCGGAUGCGCCGUUGGGGUUGCCUACUGCUGCUGGUCUGGGGUGUGAUGGUGGUGGGAGGGAGGAGGAGAAUCAUGACUUUUUUGAUGGGGGGUUGGAUGAUAUGGGGGCUAAUGUUGGGGUGCCGGUGGAGGAGUGGGAAGAGGAGGAGGAUGGGAAGGAGGUGGUGGUGUAUGAGGAGUGUGAAAUUUCGUCGGGGAUGACGUCGGGGAGUGGGAGUUUUGAGAUGACGGAUUCGGGGUCGUCGGAGAGGGGGGAGAAUUAUACUUGA